CCAGUCGGCUCGUUAGUGCAGUGUGCAUCUGGAAGUUGUCGCCAUCAUCAGUAGCUAAAUGUUUUAGCUAGCUCUCAAGUCGUCCGCCGUUGUGCUUCGCAGGUACAGCGUCUGGCACGGUUUCCCGUCUUUUAACUGUUUUAACGAGUUGUCGCGAUGUUUGCAGCCAUUAAACGGGAUUAGUCCCGCCGCGGCGCUUGUGUCGUUUCCCCUCAAUCCCAGCAGCGGGGUCCGUUGUCAGAGGAGCACACACUCGCAGUCUGGAGUCUUGAGAGGCAGCAAAGGGGCGUUGGGCUGUCGGUACCGUUGCCGGCUAAGCAGCGAGCUUGCCGGGUAGCGACAAAGUUUAAACCCUUAACGCAUAUUAAACGUAAAGCCGGAGCUCUGAGCGUCGCUACAAAGUAAACGGUCGUUUUCUGCUCUUAAGUUCGUAGUUACGGGACCGCAGCCAAGGAGCUAGCAGCGGCGGAGCUAGCCGCGCCUUCCGCCGUGAAACCGGAGAUUUAAAGCUAACAGGGCUGAACAUCCUGCCGGGGUUUGGGACUCUGAUAAACUGGAGCUGCCGUCGUCACUUUUGUCGUCUUUAACAGCGGGCUUCUGGGCCUGACAGCGGAGAUGUCUGAGGGAGAGAGCAGGCAGGCCCCGGACACUGUCCAGGAGGCGAAGCCGGACUCCGGGACAGCUGCGCCCGCGGGCCAGGGGGUGGCGUCCGUGUCGCCGCCGGUGUCCACGGUGAGCCAGCCUCCUCCCGCCGCUGCCACGGAGGACGAGGAGGAGGAGAGCGAGGAUGAGUCAGAGAUUUUGGAGGAAAGCCCGUGUGGACGCUGGCAGAAGCGCAGGGAGGAGGUGAAUCAGCGCAAUGUGCCUGGGAUCGAUAACGCUUACUUGGCCAUGGACACAGAGGAGGGGGUUGAGGUGGUGUGGAAUGAGGUCAUGUUCUCGGAGAGGAAGAACUUCAAACUGCAGGAGGAAAAAGUGAAAACUGUGUUUGACAACUUAAUCCAGCUGGAACAUUUGAACAUCGUGAAAUUUCACAAGUACUGGGCGGAUGUGAAGGAAAACAGAGCCCGGGUGAUUUUCAUCACUGAGUACAUGUCAUCAGGAAGCCUCAAACAGUUCCUGAAAAAGACAAAGAAAAACCACAAGACCAUGAACGAAAAGGCCUGGAAGCGCUGGUGCACACAGAUACUGUCUGCCCUCAGCUACCUGCACUCCUGUGAGCCCGCCAUCAUCCACGGCAACCUCACCUGCGACACCAUCUUCAUCCAGCACAACGGCCUCAUCAAGAUCGGCUCAGUUGCGCCUGACACCAUCAAUAAUCACGUGAAAACCUGCCGGGAGGAGCAGAAGAGCCUCCACUUCUUUGCUCCAGAAUAUGCAGCUGUUGCCAGUGUUACCACAGCGGUGGAUAUAUAUUCCUUUGGAAUGUGCGCCUUAGAGAUGGCUGUAUUGGAAAUCCAGAGUAAUGGAGAUUCGUCCUACGUGUCCCAAGAGGCCAUCAGCAGUGCCAUUCAGUCCCUAGAAGACCCAUUGCAGCGGGAAUUCAUCCAGAAGUGUCUGGAGGUCGACCCGAGCAAGAGACCCACAGCCAAGGAGCUGCUGUUCCACCCCGCCUUGUUUGAGGUGCCCUUACUCAAGCUGCUCGCCGCUCACUGCAUCGUCAGCCACCAACACAUGAUUCCAGAAAACGCUUUGGAGGAGAUGACAAAGAACAUGGACCCCAACCUGGUCAUUGUUGAAGCCAAGAACGGCGUUCAGAUGAAGCUCUCCCAGUUCCCCGCACUAGAGCUGGACAAGUUUCUGGAAGAUGUGAGGAAUGGGAUCUAUCCUCUGACUGCAUUCGGGGUGCCCCGUCCACAGCAGCCUCAGCAGGAGGCUGUGAAGUCACCCAUAGUCCCACCUUCAGUCAAAUCCCCGACGCCCGAACCUGCAGAGUUGGAGACCAGGAAGUCUGCGUGGGGCAGCAGGUGUCCUACAGGUUGUUAUUUGUACCACCAGGUCCUGCAGAUGCAGUGUAACAUCGAGCCUGUUGACGAGGGCACCAAACAUCACCUGACGCUGCUGUUGAAACUGGAGGAUAAACUGAACAGGCACUUAAGCUGUGACUUGUUACCAAAUGAGAACGUGCAGGAGCUGGCCGUGGAGCUCGUCCAGCUGGGCUUCAUCAGCGAGGGCGAUCAGCCGCGGCUCGCCUGCGUUCUCGAAGAGGCCUUCUCAAAGUUCUACAGCCGGAACGGUUCUCUCAACCCGGUGACGGUUUCCUCGUAGCCGAGGACUCGCCAGGCCUUCUCUCAGCCCUCCUCGUCCUCCCCAGCAGGACUAGCUUUCGCUUCACUUCGACAUCGCCGUAAAGCUUUUUGCGAGGACCGAGGGGGGGGGGCAGCCUUGGUCUGAUUGCAGAUCCUGCAGCCUCUUCUUGUUUUCUCUGGUGGGGAAAGCUGCCACUAAGUGGUUGUUACUCUCUUGUUUUGUUUUUUUUAUCGUUUCUCCCCACCAAACACAGCCAUCUGCUUCUCUUCUGAAAGCGGAAAUCGUAGUUGAAACUUGAAGGAAAGUACAAAUGUUUUGACCGUUUGACUUCAGUGGUGAGAAAACGGCAGGAAGUAAGCAAAAAUAAAAUGGAUAACAGCAGUAUUUUUUUCCUUAAGUCAGUGUUGAGUUGUAUUUUAAACAUGUUUUUUUUCUUAAAUCAUUUGAUAGAGUUGUGUCUCUGUCCGCUGUUCCCGACAUACCGGCGCGUGAGUUGUAGUGUUGUGAGUUUAAAGUCUAGCCUCUCAAGCAGCGAGCGAGGUGCCUGCUGACCUCGGAUCAGUUCCAGACGACUAUGGAAGGCCUAAACCAAGCGAAGAAACAAGACGGCAUUGUUUGUUGCUAUCACACAGCACGUAGUCAUGAACAAUCAGACGAGCAAGUUAAGAUAUAUAGAAGAAUCUAUUUAUUUGUGCAUCUCUAAGUGUGUCUGUGUUUCGCUUUCAGCACCGGGGUGUCGGCCGGUCGGUCGGGGGUUGAUUGUAUGCUUUUUACUCCCAGUUUUUCUGUAAGCUGUUACUUUCUAUGAAAAAAAUAAAAAAUAAAUACAUCACUGCAACUAGAAACACUGCAGCACACCUCAACAAACGGUUCUCUUUAGGUCAAAGUUGUCACCCCCCACCGGGAUGUUUUAGUUUGAUUUGAAUUUGUCAAGUUCUGGAUUUCCCAGCGCCGGCGGGACACGCGCUAGCUUCACGUCCAAAAGAGAACGCAGCGCGUGAAAUUAAAUUAAAUUUGAGACACGGCAGUUUUUAGCGUCUUACACCCAUUAACAAAUGGAUUUCGUGCCGCUUAUGGUUCCCUCCAGGCUUGUUUAGCUGCCGUCUCAGACCAAUGGCGUCUGAUGAGGAAGGAUCUUUGGUUCAUUUUUGCACAAUCCUAAAAUCGUGUAUGGUGUUGGCGGCGUGUCCGCUGGAUUGUGCGAGCCGCUGGGAGGGACAUGAAGACGUCGGCGAGCCGGCGCUGUAUCCUCUGCGCUGUGACUACCUCCUUAACGGGGUCUGUAGAUGCCACGCGUGGGACUGCCUGGCAUGCCUGUGACUGCCAUGUCAUGUACUCUGUAUGCUGGACACUGCUGUUUCCACGAUGCUUUUACCCUCUUUUUCACUUCCUUAGUUAAAACAAUAAAAAAAAUAAAUCAUCUGCA